AUGGGACGGUACACCCGUCGGCUACGGGACGCCCCGGUCUCGCAUAUUGUGGCGUUCUUGAUCUUGCAUGAGAUCACUGCUAUUGUGCCCCUGUUUGGUCUAUUCGGGCUCUUUCACUAUACUGACUAUGUGCCGAUCGGUUACAUGACGGGCAACUUCGGCGGGCAGGUGUUGGAGGGCGUCAGACGAUUUGAAAAAUACUUUAAGCGAAAGGGUUGGUUUGGCUUUGGAAGCGAGGACGGCGCUGAGGACAACGGCCAGACAGUAGACAAUUCUGGUAAUUCUGAUGGUAGCACCGUGCUGAAUCUGUGGGAGAGCUUUGACGCAAAGUACAAGAUUGUGGUGGAAAUCGGCCUGGCCUAUGCAAUCACCAAAGCCUUGCUACCACUACGCAUUGUCUUCAGCUUAUCGGCAACGCCCUGGUUCGCUGGCGUUCUGGCUCGGCUGCGAGGAUUACGUGGACCACCUAAAGGCAAAUAG